CACAACUCACUUACCAUCCAUCCCCCAGCAAAACCAACUUCAGCCUCCCACCGUCUUCUUGACAACCAACAUCUUCACUCUUGAUCCUCGCCCACAAUGCGUUCCACCAUCACGCUACUGCCCAUCCUGGGCCUCCUCUCCGGACUGGCCCUCGCAACACCCGCUCCCGUCGUGGCCACCCUCGCCGCCCCGACUCACCUCGUCGGCGAGCCGCUGGCCGCCGACAGUGUCAACGCCACCGAAGUUGGUAGGCGCACUGUUGCUGAGCCUCCGCACCUCACCGUGGCAUUGGUUUCGGCGGAUGCGGUUAAUUCCACCUCCGCGGGCGUCGUGAAGCGGGCCAUCGAAGCGGCUAAGCUUCUUGUUUGGUCUCGAUGAGGCCACUCGGUAUUGCGGCCUAGGUCGGGGCCUAUCUGGCUGGGGGACAGCUACCGUGCGGUGUGAAGAAUGCAAUGAGGAGGGUUCUGGGCUGAAGCAAUGAAAUUGGAGGGUGCAAGUACAGAGUGUUGAGGCACUCUGCUAGACUGUUUGGCUUCUGGAACAUGGUGCCUGUUAUGGUCUUUAACGGUUCAUGAUCUGCU